AUGCGAUUUUCACCUUGGGUGGAAAAUACCUCGGGUACACGCUUGUUAUCGCACGAUGCAAUGAAAGGGGCUCUAAUGAUCUACUUUUAUAGGGAUAUGCCCCGAUUUUCGCAGCCAUAUCAAAUACUUACAUAUCUCAUGGACAUCGACAGUUUGUUCACGAAAUGGAGAUACAAUCAUGUAAUCCUGGUGCAACGAAUGCUCGGUAGCAAACAAGGAACCGGUGGCAGUUCGGGUUACAUGUAUCUAAGAAGUACCGUCAGUGACAAGUACAAAGUGUUUCUCGACCUCUUUAAUUUAUCGACCUGGCUCAUUCCUCGAGAGUAUAUCCCCACUCUGUCACCGCGAAUGGUGAAGACGCUUUCCGAGCACUCGAAUCUGAGUACUUCAGUGCUGUCAUCAGAAAGCGAUGACAAGUACAAAGUGUUCCUCGACCUCUUCAAUUUAUCGACGUGGCUCAUUCCUCGAGAGUAUAUCCCCACUCUGUCACCGAGAAUGGUGAAGACCCUUUCCGAGCACUCGAAUCUGAGUACUUCAGUGCUGUCAUCCGAGAGCGAGUGA